AGCGAAGCAGUUGAAAAUAAGUAUUUUUGCGGCUUCCCAUUAAAGCAGAAAAGUGUCCGUUUAACAUAUCGAAAAUAUGUACUUAUCUGCAUGAAAAACAAUAAAAGAAAACCAAAAGUAAAAAAAAAUAUUAGCAAAGUAAAGUCGAAAAAGAAUCUUAGUAAAGUAAAGUUCAGUAAGAAUCUUUGUAAGAAAGCACAGACCUGCUGCGCUAUGUUCCAGCCAACAACACACUACGAUGCCCAGCAUAGAGAGCUAAUUUUAGCUCAUUGCCAUUAUGUGUCAUUCCCACCACAACUGAUAGCAGCAUUUGGAGAGCGCACCGAAUACCUGGACUGCAGUCAUAACCGGCUGAUGAACUUAUCGUAUUUGUAUGAAUUUACAAAUUUAAAAUAUCUUAUUUUAGACAACAAUCGCUUACAUGAGGCACAUUUCAACCAACUGAAAACGCCGCUACCGAAAGUGAAGCUGCUCAUGUUAAAUCGCAAUGAGCUCAUGGACCUUCAAAGAACCAUCACUCUUUUAGCUGACAUUUUUCCCAAUCUCGAAUAUCUCAGUUUACACGGUAAUCCAAUUUGUCCUGAUCAACUGGAGCUGCAGCCAUUUUCUGAAUAUGUUGAUUAUGAAUAUGACAACUACAGAUCGCAGAUAUCCAGCGCUUUUAGUAAACUGAAAUUUCUCGAUCAUUACGAUAUGCAACGUUGUUAUUUCAAUUUAAUACCUCAGCCAACAAAAACAUACAAGCACCAAAACACAUCAAAACUAUUGAGUUUGCUUAAAUUUAACAACUUUAAUUUCGGUAAACUAAGCAAAUGGCGAACUUUCGGUUUGAUACAGAAAGAAGAACCGGAGCGAGAUUGCAGCAUAACAGACGAAGAAUUAUAGAGAGCCAUUGGCAGGAAGAAGAAAAUACUCAUUCGUUUUGGAAUAGUGAAUGCAAUAAGUAUUUCUCCAGAACAUUUUCCACAUUCGAAAACACAAAUUUAA